CACACUUCUCAUCCAAAGCAACUCAAAGAAGACAAAGCUCUUAAAAAAAAAAAAAAUCCACGAGUACUCACUUGUGAGUUGAUAAAAAUGGCCUACUCUAAGGCAUUUCUCCUUCUUGGCCUUCUAUCUUUUGUGCUCCUUGUUUCGUCUCGUGAACUCGCCGAGUCUACUUCUACUGAAACUCAGGAGUCAAAGGACUUAGAUGGAUAUGGUCACGGUGGUUAUGGUUAUGGACAUGGCGGUUAUGGCCAUGGCGGCUAUGGUCAUGGUGGCUAUGGACAUGGUGGUGGAUACGGUGGCCACUAUCCACCAGAAGAAGAAGAGAAGGAUGUGAUGGAAAAUGUUGAGCCACAGGGUUAUGGAUAUGGUGGUUACGGUCAUGGUGGCUAUGGACAUGGUGGCUAUGGACAUGGUGGUGGAUAUGGUCAUGGUGGUCAUGGUCAUGGUGGGUACGGCCAAGGUGGCAAUGGUCAUGGUGGAUAUGGACAUGGUGGCUAUGGACAUGGUGGUUAUGGACACGGCGGAUAUGGAGGUCACUACCCACCAAAGGAAGAAAUUAACAACUAGUACAUGUUAGUGAAUGAAGCUAUCUAGUUUGCUUUCUGAUAGGCGUGCAUGCAAAUAUGCAGGAUGACAAAAAUGAACUACUUUUACAAGUGAAUAUGUAUUUUAAUAAGCAUGUCUAAUGAAAUGUAUCCCCAUCUUUAUGCUUAUGUAAUGAAGUAAUAUAAAGUCUUUGUGCGCAGCUA